CAAACCAAAAAACCUAGAGCCAGCAUGACCUCUGGGACAGCCCUCAACAACCAUCCAGCUCUAUCUUGUGAUGUCACAGCAGCGUCAUAGCAACAGUGAGUGAGAUCGCGCUGGACCACUUUGCUGGCAGAGAGGCAGGGAGAGGCUGGCAGAGAUGCCUUUGGUCUGAGGCUGUGCUGGUGACGCCCUCCUUCCCUCUGGGUCAGGAUGGAGAAGGACCCCGCCGCGCACAGGAAGCACCGGCCUGGGCCUGGCGCCCUGCCCUCAGGAAUAACCCCUGCAUACCUCAAGGCCGCCAGUGACGGGGCGGAACUCCAGAGGAGCAGGAGUGUGGGUGGCUUGCACCAGAAGGGGGAUCCACCAGUCUGCAUCAGGAAGCUGCUACGCAAGGAGCUAGACUCUGAGGACCAAGGCAAAGACCCAAGAAGUGACACGGAUGACGGCACCUAGGCCCAUGGGUAUACCCCACUCCUAGCAUUAGGGGAGGAGCCAGGAAGACAGCAAGUGACUCCUGUCCUGACACUUAUUCUACACUGCUUCUUUGACGCCCCUAUCACACUUACCUCCAGUCGGGUGAGCCUAGAGGACGACAGGAAGAAAGGGAGCCAGGAUGAGGUGGAAAAAAUGGACCUCAAGUGUGCAAAAAUGGACCCAGAGAAGAGUGACUCAGAGGCCAGUGCCACAGGGGAGCAGGACGAUGCCUGCAAAGGACGAUGUAUCUCUGCGGCUGAGGAGCAGCAUUCUGAGUCCACGAAGCUGGAUCACCUUCUAGAAAAGCAGAAACCAUCUGUGUUUGUGGAGAUCGACCUGGGAGACCAUACUGAGGAGGAGGUCAUCACCUGUGCCAUCAAAGAAGAGAAGAGGCUCCCCAACAUAGGAGACUUGUCUGAAGAUGAGAUAAGGACCAGCUGGGUAUGCUGCAUCCCGUACCACACAAAGAAGAAGGCAAAGGAAAACUCCAGUGCUUUGGAGAAGGAGCUUCAGUGACUCAGACCCCAAAGACCCCAUCGUCUUUGGGCCCAAUCAUUCCAGCCAGAGCACUAACACAAGCUUGACCCUAAUAGAACCAUCAGUCAUCUCAGGACAAGACCCCUCUGACUCAGCCGCUAGUAGAGCUCUCUGGGGACUAAAGGAAGACAGCCUAGGCCUGGAAUGGCUCCAUGAUCCCCGCCAUGGGCAGGGCCAGAGUGACAGCACCCAACGGAUACCCAAGGCAAGAGACCCUCUUCCAAUCCAAGGCCAAUCACAGCCCUAGGAACCAACUCUUCAGGACCAGCAGGCACUCCCGCUUCCUGGCUAUCACAGAACUUAAGAGCCAGCUAAUUGUUCACUAAAGGAAACAACACAAUAUGAACACAUCGCUGGAGUUACAAUGUCGUAUGUAGACAACUUCCAGGCCACAGCUGGAGAGGAGAGGGGACAAAGUCACCUCAGAACUGGUCCUCCCUGCACCCACAUCCUUAGACCUCAGGUCCUGGGCCACAGUCCUCCUUAGUACCUCUACUGGAAGCCUAGUUCUCUCAGGAUGCUUGGGUAGGUGAACUCCCCAGUCACCUUCCCAUGUGACCCCUCAAUCACCUUUCCAUGUGACCCCACAUAACACCAAUCAAAGCAAAACAAUUCCUCAAACAUC